AUCUUCCUCAGCAUGUGAGGAGUGGCCUCGCCGCAGAUAUUUCCUGUCUUUCAGCUUGCUAGCAGCCAAGGAUGAACCAGCACCUCAAUGAAGAUAAGGCAUAUCAACAGCGGGCAGAGACAGGACACAAUCACUAGGCCACCAGCACAUUGACCUCACUUCACCUCUCUGGACACUUCAGCCGGUUGGAACAAUGUCUUUGAGUACCCAGUUCAACAGUUAUGUCAAUGAAGCCCCUCAAUUCCAACCACGAGUUGAGGUGGGUUCGUUUUCCAUCGACUCAGAGCAGAGAGUCAUCCAUGACAGGAGUCGGAUGAGAUACUAUGUGGAACCUCACCAAGACCCGCAAUUUGAUCUGAUGGACGGCUACCCGGACCGCUAUGUGAUGAGAGAUGAGAGUGUGAGGACAAGUCUUUACCCCAUCCUCCGAUGGAUCUUGACCAACAAGUCACACCUCAAACAGAAGGCAUCGUCUUCAUCAGCUUUGGAUUUGGACUUUGUGACAGACCGUGGCCGCUUGGCACGCUUGUUGACAACACCAUAUAACAACUUGUCAAUCUGGUCGCUGGCCGUCACCAAGUUCAGAGGAACGCUUUACAUCAGUGAUGGAGAAACAGAAGCUGCUCGCCAAAGUGAAGCCCAUCUCAUUGAGAGUCAUGAAAUGGGCUUAUACUUGGGCCACAAGUUUGUCCAGUACAUGUGUUCAGAUACCAUUGAUGGUUUACCGGAUCCAAGUGGCGUGGUCAACGCUAUCGAGGGUUUCUACAUCGUGGUCCAAACCCGUCUCGAAGAUCACAGUCUCCUGUUCUCCGGUCAUGUGGAUUGCCGAGAUAAAGAUCCUAAUGCCCCGGAUCCUCCAGCCUGCUACGUUGAGCUGAAGACAGCAGGAGUGCACACCGGCCAGCAGCGUUACAAUUUCCCCAGGUAUAAGCUCUACAAGUGGUGGGCACAGACCUACGUCCUCGGAGUCCCUCGCAUCGUCGCAGGCUUCCAAAAUGAAGACAAAAUUGUUGAGUCUGUGGAGACUUUUGAAGUCAGCGAUAUUCCUAGGAUUGCUGAGCAGUGUGAGGGAAACUUCUGGAAGCCAAAUGUCUGCAUGAACUUCUGCAGCAAAUUCCUGUCUUUUGUCAAGAAGGUGGCGACCGAAGACGAUCCCUGCGUGGUAUAUCUGUUCUCCAGGGAAGAGAGCUCCGAUGUGACCUACUCUGUUCACAGGAACUCAUCUUAUUCCUUCCUGCCGGACUGGUACGUGGAGGAAAUGGAUUAAAAAUGCACACCAUCGGUACAAAUUUACGCUUAGCAAUAAAUAAUUACAACUAAUCUAAACAACGUGGCACUAUAAGCACAUUUUACUCAUCUCAUUUUACUCCGAGCUUUCCGCUCCGCCGCUCCCAGUCUGUGCAACGCUCUCCCUGACCACUUGAGGGCACCACAGACUGUGGAUGCUUUUAAAAAAGGCUUAAAAGCGCCUUUUUUAAAAAAAGCCUCUUUUUUUUUUUAGAUAUUUGCAUACUAGCUAUAACUAUUUGGCUGUUCUACUGUUUAUUUUUAUUUAUUUAUUUUAUUAUAUUUUGUCUCUAUUUUAUUUUAUUUAUUUAUUGUUAAUACACUGUAGCACUUAGAGUUGAGUUGAGUUGAGUUUGAGUUUAUUUGGAACAUGCAAGCAUACAACAUGAUACAUCACAAUUUCCAGUUUCUCUUUUCAACAUGUUCGAAAAGGAGUAGGAAGAAGCACAGCUUAUUUAAUCCUACCCCUUUUCUUUACAUAACAGUUGCUAAAACUUUUUGUUCACUUCCUGUUCACAAUUUAUUCACAAUAAACUCCAUAAGUAAUCACAAUAAAAAUAAGUAAAUAAAUAAUAGUAAUCAUUUUAAUAAUAAUAAUUGGUGAAGUAAGUCAUAUUUCAUAUAUAUUUCACUUUGAGAUUGUUUACUCAAUAUAAAGUGCUUUAUACAAAUAAAAUCUAUUAUUAUUAUUAUUAUUAUUAUUAUUAUCUAUACCAGUCUCUUAGCAUGUUCAAUGGAUUCAUGUGUGCUACAUGUAGGUGUUGGUUACGAUCGCUCUCUGCAAAGUUUUCCUCUUGUAUACCAGUUGGAACAAUUAAAAA